CGACUAUUGGGCCGCGAUGCAGGCGGCGCUACUCCCCAGGCUGUGGCUCCGCUGCUCAUUACCGAGGUUGGUGGGUACGAGCGGGCGAACGGCAGUGCGGCCUGACUCCCUAUGGCAGCUCGGGGCUGUGCGGCUCUGCCUCCCGGUCGGAACCCUUUCCCCGGCCAGCGGGAUAACGCUAUGGGCCAGCGCUGCGGGACCCGGCCCGACCCAGGCCCCGCAGAAGCCCCCCAGCGGGGAGGCCAGUGGCCCCACCAAUGAGAAUGAGGAGAAACCCAACAAGACCAAACAGCUGAAGAAAGUGUUUAAGGAAUACGGGGCGGUGGCCGUGUCCUUCCACGUUGCCAUCUCGUUGGUGUCACUGGGCAUAUUCUACACCAUUGUUUCCAGCGGAAUAGACGUUACAUGGCUCCUCCUUAAAGUUGGAUUCAGCGAAGCGGUGGUCCAGUCCAAGCUAGCAGCCGGAACCAGCACCUUCGUAUUGGCAUAUGCCAUCCACAAACUGUUUGCCCCGGCCCGGAUCAGCAUCACCUUAGUCUCGGUACCUUUCAUUGUCCGAUAUCUCAGGAAGGUCGGGCUUUUCAAGCCUCCGACCCAGAUCCAUUAGGACGAGAGCAGAAUUUUUUUCUUACUUGAAAUCUUCUAAUUCUAGAAUAUUGAUAGAAACCCAAUCCAUGAGCAGUCGGCUAGCAGAACCUUUUAGGGAGGAGCCAACAGCUGCCUGUUUGUGGCACAGGGAACCAGAAUUAUAUGGAAAUAAAUUAUUUUUACAUCUAAAUAUAUAGACGUUUCACCCUUGGGUUUCUUAUUAAUGACCUCAAAACAGCUGCCUGGGCCUUUAAUUAAAGGGGAAGCUUGGGGUGUAUAUAGAGUACACAUUUAAUGGACAUUUAACCAUUGCUUAUACCCUGCAGAGCUGCUUAUACCCGGGCUGCCUUGCUGGGCUCUUUACACUAUUUCUGCAUUCAGCAGGCUGAUUAUCUCCGACCAUA